GAACAGGAGGCCGGAAGUGCUGCGGAUCCUGACCUUCUCCAGGCAGCAGCAAGCAUGGCUGCCUCUGCAGUGCCUUCGCUGCUGCGGACAGCGUUACCAAGGCUGGGGAGUAUCGGCCUCCAGUCCUCAGGGACGUUUUACUGCACGAAGCAUUGUAGCCGCCGGUACGUGACGGUCCCGGCCGCCGCCGCAGCUGUGUCAAGCCAACCGCCUGCCGUUAACGAUAUCAGUGAGAAACUUCUUUCCGAACCCCUGAAGCACCCGGAUUUCUUCAAUAUAAAGGAGCUGUUUUCCCUUAAGGAGUUAUUUGACGCCCGUGUGCACUUAGGACAUAAGAAAGGAUGCCGCCACAGGUUGAUGGAACCCUACAUCUUUGGGUGUCGUUUGGAGCAGGAUAUCAUAGACCUGGACCAGACAAUGAGUCAUCUCCAGCUGGCCCUUAACGUCACCGCGCACGUUGCCUACCGCAAGGGGAUCAUUCUGUUCGUGACCCGCAGCCGCCAGUUCAUCCACCUGGUGGAGUGCACGGCCAAGGAGUGCGGGGAAUACGCGCACGUUCGAUACUGGCAGGGCGGUCUGCUCACCAACGCCCCUGUCCAGUAUGGGGCAGGGGUGAGAAUGCCAGACCUGAUCGUCUUCCUCAGCAGCCUUAACAACGUGUUCGAGCAGCACGUGGCUAUCCGAGAUGCGGCGAAAAUGAACAUCCCCACCGUCGGGAUCGUGGAUACCAAUUGUAACCCCGGUCUGAUUACUUACCCCAUCCCCGGGAACGACGACUCGCCCUCCUCCGUGGAACUGUACUGCCGGCUCUUCAAAAUGACCAUCAACAGGGCCAAGGACAAAAGAAAACAAAUGGAGGUUUUGUACGGACUCCAAAACAAAAUCACUGAGGCGUAGCGUCCCCUCUUUGUAAUGUUUUUUGCCCCCUUAAUAAAUACACUUUUCUUGUC